GGGCGGGAGCGGCGGCGGCGGCGCGGGCAGCGAGCGCUCCGGGGCUGCGGCUCCAUCCCCGCCGCCCCGCCGGCAUGUUCUCCAGGAAGAGCCACGCCGACGUCAGGAAAUCCACGCAGAAGGCGCUGGACCCCAAGCGGGACGUGCUGACCCGCCUGAAGCACCUCCGUGCGCUGCUGGAUAUCGUGGAUGGAAGUGACCUGAAGCAGUUUUUUGACAACAAUUAUUCUCAAAUUUAUUUUAUAUUCUAUGAAAACUUCAUAACUCUGGAAAACAGCUUGAAGCAAAAAGGGAAUAAAUCGCAAAGGGAGGAGCUGGACUCCAUCCUCUUUCUCUUUGAAAAAAUACUGCAGCUGCUGCCCGAGAGGAUUUUCUAUCGAUGGCAUUUUCGCAGUAUAGGGUCCAUUCUGAAGAAGCUUCUGCACACUGGAAAUUCUCUCAAGGUAUUGCACCAAGGUUUUUGUGUUCUUUUUCACUUGAAUUCCUGUUCCUAUGCCACUCCUCAUCUUUCCAAUAGCAGUGUUCCCCAGGUUGCUGGGCUUUGGGGUCGUGCCGUGCCCGUUGUUGCAGCCAAGGUUUUCCCGGAGGAGAUCGCUCCGCUGCUGCCAGCCGCCUCGGGGGAGAAACCUGCCGAGGACCAGACCUGCUUCUUCCUGCAGCUGCUGCUGAAGUUCAUGGUCACCCAGGCUGCCAGCUUGGAGUGGAAGAACAAGGAGAACCAAGAGACUGGAUUUAAGUUUCUCUUUGCUCUGUUCAGAAAAUACUAUCUUCCCCACUUGUUCCCAUCUUUCACAAAGCUGACCAACCUCUACAAGCCUGUGCUUGACAUUCCUGAUGUCAGGCCAAGGCCGGUGUACGUCGCUGCAACGCGCAACAACCAGAGCGUCUACUGCACUAAAAUCCCCUACAUGGCAGCCCGCGUGGUGUUCAUCAAGUGGCUCGUUACCUUCUUCCUGGAAAAGAAGUAUUUAGCUGCUGGGCAGAGCACAAAAAAUGGAGGAGAAAUGCUGCCUAGAAUUAUUCAGACAGCUGCCAUGGGCCAGGAGAAGGGCACAGAGCCGGAGAGCGGUGCAGCAGCAGCGGGUGAGCAGGAGCAGGGGCACUGCAGCAGCAGCAGCAGCAGCAGCCUGGCUGACAGGAGGCUCAGCAGCAGCAGCAGCAGCCUGGCUGACAGGAGGCUCAGCAGCUGCAGCCUGUGCAGUGUGGAGGAGCAGCACCGCAGCGUGUACCAGAUGGUGCAGGGCAUCCUCCUCUCCACCCGCGGAUACGUCAACUUCGUCAACGAGGUGUUCCGCCAGGCUUUCCUGUUGCCGCCAUCCGACGUAUCCGCGACACGGAAGGUGGUGAAGGUGUACCAGAAGUGGAUCCUGCAGGAGAAACCCGUGUUCAUGGAGGAGCCAGACAAGAGGGAGGACAGCCAGGAUGCUGCUGCUCCCCUGGAAGACUCCUCAGAGCAAACAGACGGUAAACAUCUCUCCUCGGAGCCCUGCGGCCACAAGCGCUCCUCCAGCUGGGGCAGGACGUUCUCCUUCAGCAGCGCUGUCAGCAGGGGCUGUGUGCUGGAGGAUGAGGACAGGGAUGUGAAGGCUGGUGCUCAGGCCAUGCUGCAGGUGUUCCUGACCAACUCAGCCAACGUUUUCCUGCUGGAGCCGUGCUCCGAGGUGCCUGUGCUGCUGAAGGAGCAGGUGGAUGCUUGCAAAGCCGUUCUCAGCAUCUUCAGGCGCAUGAUAAUGGAGCUGUCCAUGAACAGAAGGACGUGGGAGCAGAUGCUGCAGGUGCUCCUCAGGAUAACGGAGGCUGUGAUGCAGAGGCCGAAGGAGAGCCAGACGAAGGACACGUUUGCUCAGAGCAUGGCAGGGCUGCUGUUCAGAACCCUGCUGGUGGCGUGGAUCAGGGCCAGCCUGAGCGUGGUGAUCUCCCGGGAGCUGUGGGACGAGCUGCUGGGCGUGCUGUCCUCCCUGACCCACUGGGAGGAGCUGGUGUCCGAGUGGGGCAGCAUCAUGGACUCGCUGACAGCCGUGCUGGCCAGGACCGUCUACGGCGUGGAGAUGACAAACCUGCCCCUGGACAAGCUCAGCGAGCAGAAGGAGAAAAAGCAGAGAGGAAAAGGUGGUGUUUUAGAGCCUCAGAAGACAGCCGUGGUGGGAAGAUCUUUUUCAUUAAGCUGGAAAAGUCACCCUGAGGUUGUGGAGCCGAUGAGGUUCAGGAGUGCCACGACCUCUGGGGCCCCAGGAGUGGAGAAGGCGAGGAGCAUUGUCCGUCAGAGAGCCACAGAAGUUGAAGAAUCUCAACAGCUGGAAUAUUCAGAAGGAGCAGAAGCUGCAGGCCCAUUUGCAGACCAAGAGCAGCAGCUAACUCGAAGCAGCAGCACUUCAGAUAUUGCAGAUCAGAUUCCAUCUGAUUUCUUUCAAGGUAAAACUGCUGGAAAUUCAGCCUCAGACUGCAGAUCACUUCAGGAAAACAGGGGAUGUGCAAAGGAGCAGGAGGCUGAGCAAGCUCUGAUGCAGAGGAGCAGCAGCACGGCCGAGCUGGGUGAUGCGAGGGCAGACUCGCAGGGCUGUUCCAGAGCCAGGGAGAAAAGUGAGAGCCUCAGCAGUGACACCUCCCUGGGCUGUGCCACCGACGUGGACGUGGCUCUGGUGGCCUGGCAGGGGGACGAGGACGAGGCUGGGACGGGCACGGACCCUGCAGCACCACGCUGGCUCCAGCUCAGCCCCUCCCAGGAGCCUGCCAACCUCACAGACAGCAGUGAGUUCCUGGCUGAUGACUGCAGUAUAAUUGCUGGUGGAAGCCUCGUUGGUUGGCAUCCUGAUUCUGCUGCCGUGCUCUGGAGGAGGAUCCUGGGAAUUCUUGGGGAUGUGAACAACAUACAGUCACCCAAAAUCCAUGCAAAGGUUUUUGGCUACCUUUACGAGCUGUGGUAUAAACUUGCCAAGAUCCGGGACAACCUCGCUAUCAGCGUGGACAAUCAGUCAACUCCCUCUCCUCCCGUGCUCAUCCCUCCCCUCAGGAUAUUUGCAUCCUGGCUGUUCAAGGCUGCCACGCUGCCCAGCGAGUACAAGGAGGGGAAGCUGCAGGCCUUCAGGCUGCUCUGUGCCAUGAUGAGCCGGCGCCAGGACCUGCUGCCCAACUCCGACUUCCUGGUGCAUUUCUACCUGGUGCUGCGCCUGGGGCUGACCAGCGAGGACCAGGACAUCCUGAACACUGUCAUAAAGCACUGCCCACCGUGGUUCUUCUUCCUGGGGCUGCCUGGCUUCACGAUGCUGAUCGGGGACUUUGUCGGCGCGGCGGCGCGCGUGCUGAGCGCGGACACGCCGGAGGCUCCCCGCUGUGAAGCUCACACCAUCCUUGGUGCUCUUGUGUGCUUUCCAAACACCUACCAAGGAAUCCCGUGGGUGGGACCCGUCUCAGAAGGCAGUGAGAGCAUCACAGGGAGUGCAGAUAUGAAGUAUUGCCUCAUAAAUAUUUUAUUGAAGAAUGCUACAGAGGAGCCAAGUGAAGCUGCAAGAUGCAUAGCCAUCUGUGGCCUGGGCGUGUGGAUCUGCGAGGAGCUGACGCAGUGCACCAGCCACCCCCACGUGAAGAAAGCCAUCAAUGUCAUAGGUGUGACACUGAAGUUUCCCAACAAGCUGGUAGCUCAUGUUGCCUGUGAUGUCCUUCAGCUGCUGGUGUCCUACUGGCAGAAGCUCCAGGAGUACGAAUCCUCCCUGUGCCGGAAAAUUACUGAAAUCCUGGUGGCCACCAUCGCGUUUCUCCUGCCCGGUGCCGAACACUCCUCCCUGGAAGCGGAUAAGAAGUUCAUAGUUUCUCUGCUGCUUUGUCUGCUGGACUGGUGCAUGGCACUGCCCAUGAAGAUGCUGCUGGAGCCCGUGUCUGCAGGUGCUGUGGAGGAUCAGCAGGCAUCCAGAGCUCCUCUGCUGGAUUAUAUUUACAGAGUCCUGCACUGCUGCGUCAACGGCUCCAGCACCUACACCCAGCAAAGCCACUACGUGCUGAGCCUGGCCGACCUCUCCUGCUCUGACUACGACCCCUUCCUGCCCCUGGGGAACGUCAGGAGCCCCUCGGAGCCAGCCCAGUGCCCCUCCUCCAGCGACCUGGGGAACCUGCUGACCGUGGCCGAGGAGAAGAGGAGGAGGAAUUUGGAGCUGAUCCCUCUGACGGCGCGGAUGGUCAUGACUCACCUGGUGAAUCACCUGAGCCACUACCCGCUGAGCGGGGGCCCCGCCAUCCUGCACAGCCUCCUGAGCGAGAACCACGACAAUUCCUUCGUGGAGUCCUCCGAGCUGUGCUCGGAAGUGUUCCGCAGCCCCAACCUGCAGCUCUUCGUGUUCAACGACAGCACUCUCAUCUCCUACCUCCAGAUCCCCGCCGAGCAGAGGCCGGGCCCCGAGCCGGCCGCGGCGCCCUCAGACGUGCGGGUGAUCGUCAGGGACAUCUCGGGGAAGUACUCGUGGGACGGCCGCGUGCUCUACGGGCCCCUGGAGGGCCGCCCGCCUCAGCGCGCCACUGGUGAGGUGCAGCAGCUGGGCCUGUGCCAGGACAGAGAGGUGCAGCAGCUGGGCCUGUGCCAGGACACCUUCACUGGUGAGGCACGGCAGCUGGGCCUGUGCCAGGACGGUGACACGCAGCAGCUGGGCCUGUGCCAGGACGAGGAGGAGGAGGCCGAGGAUGCACUGGACCGGCUGCUGGAGCGCAUUGGGAGCAGCAGCCCCGAGUGCCUGCCGCACCCGCAGCGCAGGCUGAACGAGCCGGCGCCGCCGCCCCGCGCCCUCAGCGCCGAGCAGGAGCGCGCCCUCAGCGAGGCCCUGCUGCGGCAGAGCGCCCGCGAAAGGGACUUCGUGCUGAGCUGCGGCUCCCGGCGCCGCACGGGCCUGGGCUGCCAGCGGCCACCGCCCCCCCCACAGCCACAGGCCUCCUUCUACUUCUGCCGCCUGCUGCUGGACGACUUGGGAAUGAACUCCUGGGACAGAAGGAAAAGCUUUCAUCUGCUGAAGAAAAAUUCAAAGUUACUGCGAGAGCUGAAAAAUCUGGAUUCCCGCCAAUGCCGUGAGACGCACAAGAUCGCUGUGUUCUACAUCGCCGAGGGACAGGAGGACAAGUGUUCCAUCCUGGCCAACGCCAGGGGAAGCCAGGCCUACGAAGAUUUUGUUGCUGGGCUGGGCUGGGAGGUCGACCUGUCCACGCACUGCGGGUUCAUGGGCGGCCUGCAGCGCAACGGCAGCACGGGGCAGACCGCGCCCUACUACGCCACCUCCACCGUGGAGAUCAUCUUCCACGUGUCCACCAGGAUGCCCUCGGACUCGGACGACUCCCUGACCAAAAAGCUCCGUCACUUGGGAAACGACGAGGUUCACAUCGUGUGGUCCGAGCACACCCGCAACUACCGCAGGGGCAUCAUCCCCACCGACUUCGGGGACGUGCUCAUCGUCAUCUACCCCAUGAAGAACCACAUGUUCUUCAUCGAGAUCAUGAAGAAACCCGAGGUGCCGUUUUUCGGUCCCCUCUUCGACGGCGCCAUCGUGACCGCGAAGCUGCUGCCCAGCCUGGUCUGUGCCACGUGCAUCAACGCCAGCAGAGCCGUCAAGUCCCUCAUCCCGCUCUACCAGAGCUUCUAUGAGGAGAGAGCUCUGUACCUCGAAGCCAUCAUCCAGAACCACAAAGAAGUGAUGACGUUUGAGGAUUUUGCCGCUCAGGUCUUCUCUCCCUCUCCCAGCUACUCCCUCGGUGGAACUGGUGAGUCUCUGCACGUUAUUCUUCUCUGUAGCUCCAAGAAGCACUUGAGCAGCAGAUGUACACCUGUUUUUUGUAGAUAAAUGCUUGCAAAUUUAAGAAGACUAUUCUUCCCCUGAAUCAACUAAUGAAUAUCAAAAGGAAUGAUGACAUUCAUUUUAAUUUGUUUUGCAUCAGAGCUAUUCACACUGCUCCUUUCUUCAGCUAUCCUGUUAACCCCCAACUCCGGCGAGGUUAAUGAACUUUCUCGCAGUGAUGGGCUCGGGCUCAUUCAGGACUCUGGGUUCUUGCUGAGCUGGGAAUAUUGUGUUCAAAAGCGAGGCCUGAAUCGGGGCUCACUUAUCAGAAAUAGUUCCUCGCAGGGGAAGCUGCUGCUAAUGCUAAAUGGGGAUUAUGCUGCUGAGCUACCAGGGUCAGGGAUUAAUGCACAAGAGCCGCAGGAACGGGGUGCCGUCAGGGACUGGCAGCGGCGCGGGAUGCGGCGCGUCCCUUCGCUGCAGGCGAGCGCGCGGCAGGCUGCCCUGCAGCACCUGGCCCGCAGCCUCUGCGGGGUUUGGGAUGGGUGUGUGGGGUGUGUGGGGUGUGUGUGUGUGUGUGCACACGGCAGUGCCCAUCAGUCAUCGGCCUGCUGAGAGCUGACACUGUGCCCAGCUCUGGGAAUUCAUCCCUUGUGUGCCUUGCGGAGGGUUAGCUUGCUGUGCACUCACAGUCGCUGUCUGGAGGGUUUGGCUGAGUUUAAGUGAACCUCUCCUGAAAGGGAACUUUGGCUCUGAAAUGCACAUUUCUAGUGCCCUCAAAAUGUGUUUUUUUCCCAGCAUCCAGAAAGUAUCUGGUCACCGUGUGCUGGACUCUGUAACAAAGAUUCCUUAAUCCACCGUUGACACUCCUAGGGUGACACUGGCACUUUCUAAUGAUUCCCUGCUUCUCUUUUGGAUUGCUGAAUAGAUUAUUUCCAACCUGUAUAAACGUUGCAGGACAUCUGCUCUAUUUCUCUUUAGCCCUACUUGUUAGCAGAUAUCUUCCAUCUAAACUGAAACACUGAAGGAAGAAAUUAAAUUUGCUCACAUAAAUCACUUAGGAAUAAAACCAGGCGUGCAGCAUUGUCUGGCGUUGCUGGCUCCGAUCCUGGCGUGCUCGGAGCUUUGUGAGGAGAUAAGAGACCGGUGCUGGCCGGGCAGUGGUGGCCAGGAGCAGCAGGCAGAAGGCUUUGGAGAUAAGCGCUGGCAGGAGGGGGGAGGAAGCCGGGGACAUUUACAUAAUCGUGCCUCUGCGUCCUGGAGAGGCGUCAGGGAACACGGGAUGGAUCUAUUGAUCUCUGCUGAACUGGAAUACUAAACAAUGCUAGGAAAGCUUAUAACUUAAAGCUUUGAUUAAUGUUUCCUACAUUAAAAAGUAGAACAGCUGUGCAUUAAAUUCUUUUAUACACUCUGCCAAAAGUCUGAGACAAAAAAAUUGCCCAUUUCAAUAGCAGCGCGGCGCGUGCCCAGGGCUGGUUGUUAGCACUUGAAUCGUUUAUCUGCCGACAUAUCAGCAAACAGGAAUGUGGAUCCAGAGAUCUGUUUUAAACGCUUUGCUCUGUGCCUAGCUGUUUUCCAUCCUCACUUGUUCUUAGCACACGGUGUUGUGUCAGAUGUGGUUUGACAGGGCACAGCCCUCGGCAGCCCCACUUUCUGAAGGAUGAGCUGUGUAUGCCAAACACAUUUCAAGUGUUUCCCAGCAGCUGAGGAUUUCAAAACACUGUUAAAUCAGGAGUACCUGGGUAUGAUUUCAUUAUUUUAAUUGCUUGUAAGUGCAAAGCCUCCCCCAGUCCGGUCCCAAUUUUCAGACCUCUGAGCCUCAGAAUUAAUUUCCCGCUCAUGAACUGGAGGCUGGCCAUGACUUCUGGUGUCAGAAUCUCCGCUUCAGAGAGUCUCUUCACGUCACCUGCUGAUUCUCCUGCAUAUUUAGUGAGUGAUGAGCAGGGGCAGUGUCAGCUGUGGCCGUGGGGAUGUGUUUUCCAUCAGAUGCCCCUCAGCAGUGGGCAGGGAGGCUGAAUGGAGCCCCGGCAGCUCCACUGUUCCCCAGCCAGGCCUGCUCCAGACAUGGAUCCACCUGUCCACCCACACCUGCAGGAAUCACCUGUCUGCCACUCAGCCAUACAGGGGGCAUUUCUCUCUUCUGAAACAGAAGAAAGGAGUCAGGGAGCAGUAAAUAAAAAGAAGCACUUCUCCCUGAAGGAGUGGUCAGGCACCGGCACAGGCUGCCCAGGGAGGCACUGGUUCCCCGUAUCUGGAAGUGUUCAGGAUGCGUUAGGAUCUGAUCUUGUGGUGAUGAUGGUUGGUGCUGGAUUGGCCACUGGACUUGUUGAUCUCUUCCAGCCUUGAUUCUGUGGGAUGUAUGGAGCUGGCACAGGUGGCAGUACAAGCCAGCUGGGUCAGCUGAGUAUAAAGUGCUCAGGUAAAUGUAAGAUUAAUUCUCAUCUGAUCUGAUUGUUACAAUGCCCCUCAGGUGUGAUCCUGUCAGUGCUGGGAACGCCUGUGUGCAGCAGAGAGGGUCAGGGAGUAAGGGUGCUGCUCAUCUCAGUGCAGCAUGUUCUCAGGGGUGAUGUCUCCCACAGCGUGGGGAGAAAUCAAACACAGCUCUCGGUGAUACCUCACUGGGGUGUCACUGGCUAGGAGAUAAUUACUGGAACUGGAUGUUUUUGUGUUUUCUGAUGCUGCCCCCGGGGAUGCAUCCCCAGACUCACGUGGGAUGUGGUUUUCCUGCCCUGGCUUAGUCUCCCUGUCACCAGUCUUGCAGGUGCUGCAUUUUCUGUAGGAAAAUUGUCCAGUUGAUCUCCUUUGCUGUUUUGAGGAACAGAGCCUUAAACUCCCUGUAUGGAUAACAGAUAGCCCCGAUAUCUUCAGCACUGAAAAUGCAGCCUCACAGGCAGAAUGGCCAUCCCCAAACUCAUUUAGGGGAUGUGCAGAUUAGGAACAAAAGCUGGGAAUACGGCCCUUUGUUGUUAAACUGGUGCAUUACAUGCUGUAUUUUAAUUAGGCAGGGUUUGAGAGGCAGCCCAGGAAAUCCUCCAUAAUCCAACACUAUUGAAUUAUUCUUUCCCUCUGCAGAUUUUUCUCCUUUUAGUGGAUAGGCUUUAAGCUGCUGUUCUUGCUCCUUCAGCCAAAACCAGAAAUAGUUAUUCAAGAAAAUACUUGUGUGUUCUUUAAAAUAAUUGGUGAAGCUGAAGUGGGCAGAGCAGCGCCCCAACUUCAACUGCCCCUGUGGCUCAUGAGGGUUCCUCGAGGCUUUGGGCUGUUUCUGUGGCAGAUCAGCAGCAGAAGCACGGUGUUAACCUGGGGAAGUGGAAGGGGCUGCUGGAUACUGCAGAACAACUCUCCAGUCGUAGCUUUCGCAAGGAUUCUGUCUGAGGGGUUUGUGUUUGCCCGGGCAGGUUCCUGCUUUCCAGGGAACCCCCUGGUGCAGCACUGCCGCCGGCGCCUCAGGGGUUAAUGGGAACGGGCACACUUGACUGCUGAGAGGACUGAUCUAAUCACUGCCAUAUCCAAGUGCAUCUGUUCACCAUGAGGUCAUUCUUGUGCAUGCUAAUGACUUGGAAAAUAAAGCACAAUGCUCAGCCUUAUCAGGGAAGAUAUAGUGUAAAUCUUGGCUUUUUUACUUGCUAAUGGAUAGUGUGGAGUGGGCAGAGAAAGCAUCUCAGGUUCCUGUGUUCCAGCUUAACGUUUUUAAAGCAUCCUUUGCAGUAGAGCAUCAGAAAAACUGCUGGAAAACUUGGACAUGUGGUAUCUGUUGAUAAAUGGAUUCUUUAAUGAAUAUUAUGGCAUUGCCCAGGAGCAACACUUGAGUGGAGGAACUAUUGAGGUUUUCAGCAUUCCCUGGUUUUAAAGCCUCGGGAGCUGUGCCUGCUGAUUUACAUAAAACCGAGAUUUUGCAACCUUUUUGUUGCAAAGGUGACACAUGCUUUUCUUUUGUGUCUGGACUUUUACAUGCCCAAAGUUCUUGUAGAAAAUAUGUGAAUGUACAGUGAGCAAGAUAUGGUUUAUUUUAAACCACUUUUUGUUCAGUGCUGGGCUUUAUCUUUUCCACUUUAAAGCAAAAGGAUUAUUUGAAUGGGACAUGCAGAUUUAAAAUAUUUUUUGACAGAAACAAAACCAAACCCAGACUAAUUCUUGUUUUAAACAGGACUGAUGCUUUUUGUAACAGUAAUUGAGCCAAGGAUACCUUUUGUUUUGGUUUGAUUUUUCUGGGGUUUUUAUACUACUUUGGGGGUUUUGUCCUUUUGUCUUUUUCCUUGAAGCUCUGUAGGGUGUUCUGUCAGAUCUGUGUCCAGGUUCUCUAUAAAUAUAUAUAUAAUUUUUUCCUGUUUUCCUGGGAAUAUUGAAAUCAUACACAUCUGAAACUGAGUAACUGUGCCACUGUCUGGGAGCACAUGCGGUGUGUGCCAAGGUUGGGUUUGAUCGGUGUGUCAGUGUCGCCUGAAACUGAACAAUUUGUUUCUAAUAUAUGGGAUCUAGGAAAUUCCUGGCUGUCCUGGUUACUGGUGGGACAGGGAAUUGUUGUUAGCAUGGGGUGUGUCUGAGGUCUGCUGGGCACGGUGCUCAGGUGAGGUGGACACUGUGCAGCCCUUGGUGCAGCUUGUCCAGGCACUGAACAAAGAGGAAAAGCUGAGGGAAGUGGAGCAGGUAACCAGGACAGUUACCCCACAGGGGGCAGGACUCAAGGGCUUUCUCUUCUCCCUCCUUCCCUGUGAGGACUAUUCAGGAUGGGGCACAAGGAGCUGUCUGGCUUCCCCUGUCCAGCCCAGGUUGUUCCUCAUCCUCAGCAGACUGGAGCCUGCUGCAGCUGGGCUGCCCUCGGGGAGUUCCUGCAGGAGCUGCUCCUUGCCCGUGUGCUCUUGGUUUUCAGUGCUCUGCCCAUAGUUUCCCUGCCCUUUUGGCAGGGCUGCUGCCCACGUGUCCCUGUGAGGGUCAGGAAUGGUCUGGCAUUAGCAGGGCAGGCUCAGAGGUACCUCGAGGUGCUGGGGGCAGCAGCUCUGUGGCCGAACAGGCUGAUGAAGGUGUCUGCCCAGGAGCCCAGGCCUGGCUCCAGAUUCCUGAGGAAGUGGCCACCUGCACAGUGUGCUGGGGCUGUCCCUUGGGCCACCACUGGGGGUGGACAGUCCAAACUUGUCCUCUGAGGCUGGGCAGGUGCUGGGACUGCUUCCUCCUCAAGGCUGGUGUUCCCCUUGGGAUCUGCAGCCACAUCAGGGCUCUCAGCCUGGCCUCUGCCUUUCCCAUGGAAGUGUUUGGCUCGGAGGGCACUCCCCUCUGUGCUCUCCAGGAGAGGAGGAGGUGAGGGAGAGCAAUCCCAGCAAUCCGUGUUGGCAAGGGUGAAGACAUGAGCUUGAUGGGCUGUCUCCUCUGCUGGGUGACAGCUCCAGCUGCUCGAGCUGAUGGAGAAAGCUCCAGGCACUGAGGUCCCUUUGCAUUUGCCCUCUGCACUGAGGUCCCUUUGCAUUUGCCCUCUGCACUGAGGUGCCAGCAGAGACCCAGAGCAGAGGCAGAGCAGAACUGGGCCAGAGCCAUCCUGCAGCUGUGUGCAGAGGGCUUGGGCUGCCCUACCUGAGACACCCACAUAACCCCCAGCACCUGGUGGUCCCUGGCUGAGGGUGAGCCUGGCAGAACUCAGCAGUAGCUGCUCCAACUUGUGAGUAAUUAAACUUCAGUGUGUACAUUUCAGGCUUAUUUCUGAGGCCCUCAAACUGUGAAGGCCCUCAGUGGUGCCAGGCACUCCCAUCUGAGCUGUGGGUGCUGUUUCAGGGUCAGUUCUGCCCUGGUUAACAGGUACUGUCAGAGUCUCUUUACUGUGUCACAGCUUUCCGGGCACUGCAGGAUGUGAUUAACCCAGCUUUAGUUAUCUGUGGGUUCUUCCACGCAGGCUCAGGAUGCUGCUUACAGAGGACUUGGAGUAUGUAUUUGGGAGCUGGAAACAGGAAUGCUGUGCAGAUUUACUACAAUGAUUCUAUCUGGAAUUUUAUUACCUUUGCAUUUUCUAGGAAGGAAAACAAAGAUUUCCACAGACAUGGAUGAAAGGUUAAGGGGGGGCUGGAAUAGGUCACAGCCCAUGUGAAAACUUACUGGUUCUUCUCAAGUACCUGUCUCCAGGAUCCUCACAGGCCAUGGUCCUACCCACCCUUGCUGUCAGGGGUGUUCAGCUGCUUCACGAGCAGUGGCUAAAAGGCCAUUCCCAGAGCACAUGCCCUGGGGAAGAAACCAGGUUUGUUCUGUGGACUGGAUUUAAGAUGCAGUACACCAUCUCUUCCUGCAAGGUAACCCUGCAUUUAAAAUGCUUUCAUCUAUAUUUCAAUUGUUUUUAGUCCCUCCUGCAAGAAAUGUGUUUUAAAAGCUUAAUGCUCUCUAAGCAGCCUCAGCUGUGAGAGGCCCUCCAGGGUGUGUGGGUGUGUGUCUCAUCUGAGUGCAGGUGUGUGUCUGCUCAUGGACAGGUUUCGUGCACUCAAGGACUUCCUUCCUCCUCUGGGAAAUUUCUGUGGCACCAGGAUCACUAUGCUGCUCACUUCCUGGAGUUUUAACCUGGCUAUAGUGUCACAGAGGUUUAGGUCUCCGUGAAGCCUCAAGUUUUAGCUGGUUUGAAAUGGUGUGGCCAGCAACAGUGCUGGACGUGGAGCAGCUGCAUUCCACCAUUGCACAGCAGCAGGUUUGGCAGAAGAUGAAGCACCACGAAUAAUCAUUCCAGCUUUUGCCAGCGUUCCCUCCCUUGUUUGUUUCAGUCCUCAGACCCCAGGAGGAAGUGCAUGGGUCUGUCCUGCAGGCAGGGUGUGCUGUGUCAGGCUGGAGCAAGCGCAGCACUCACAGGGUACAGCUCCUGCACUGACUCGGUUUGGUUCCCCUGCUUUGGUCCUGUACUGACAUGGGUUUGUUCUCUCCCUUUAGAUUAGAGUGUUCAUGCUCUCGCUACAGCAACGGCCGCAGGCUGCCUCACCACAAGUGCAAGCACUGAGCUCACUGACACCACUGGAAUCCAGCUGGCAGAGCCUCCCUCGCCCCCACUGCCACGUGCCUCCAGGAGCAGGGUCUCUGGGAAGCUCCACCAGCACCCUCAGCAAGGCGUCCACCUGAGGCCCUGCAGCUCAGAGCUGUGGCCGGGGCAGCCCACGGCACCUGAGCACAGAUCAGAACAGGCAGGUCUGGGUGAACACGUCUUGAAGAGCCUGGGUGAGGAGUUUGCUCUGUGAAAUGGCCUUUCUCCAGCCUGGACAGACAUAGCUGGGGACUGGAUGUCACCUGUGUCACCGUCACCACCGCACUGGCACCGCGUGAGCCAAGCCCCUGGGCGCAGGUGCCGCAGCCAGAGGUCAUGAACCAGCACUGAGACCAGUUACUUAAUGUACCCUUAGAGCACUGCUUUAGUCAUUCCAGGCAGCACUUACCUGUGCAUUAGGGAAUUUCUGCUGAAGAGAGGUUUUCCUGUGCCUAGCCCAGUAGUAAACAUUCCUGCUGGAGCACAGGUGGAUGAGGGAUGUCCCACUGCGGGAAUACCGUGGCUUUUCUGUGGUGUGCACUGGAACUGCUCCCUAGAGAAACAAAAAUAAGCAAAUCACUUCUAGAAGAGCAAAUGCCACACUCCUGCCAUGACCCCUUCCCGGCACAGCGUGAAGAACUGAGUAACCCCCUUACCUUGUCCCAGCAGGGACCUGUCUCUAGCCAGAGGACAACUCAACUAAAGGUUUCUGGAGACUUGGGGUCCUCCUGGCACCUGCUGUAGUGAGCAGAGCUCGUGUUGGCAGUAGCUGAGGUGUUUUGGUCUACAGGUGUCAUAGGUUGAUGGGGUUAAACAUCCAGUAUUUUAAAGCAACAGAAAUCUGAGCUCAGCAGCCCCAGAGCCCUGUCCUGCUGCUGCUUGGUUGCUCCUGGGCACACAUCCACACACCUCCCAACAGAAUGGGAGUUGUUUUGAGUGAAGGGAUUUUGGGAAAUGCCCUGUUGGGCCCCCGUGUUUGUUUCUGCACUUGCACUUGGUAUUGCAGCUGUCUGUCCAUCUGAGAGCCAGCACCUGGCCAGGGGCCCCCAGUGCCUGUGGGGCACAUUCCAGCUGUGGCCAGUGAUGCUGAGGUGGCCCUUGGGCUCUGUGCCUGAGGGGCAGCAGCUCAGCCUGGGUGCCCGGCAGGAACUCACCUGGUGCAGCUGCAGGAAGGAACCUCUAUCACUGAGAGCUUGGGCAAACCUGUUUGAUUUUCUGCUUCACAGCUGGGUUUUGCUUUCUAUUGAUUUCCUGUCACUGAAGGAACCUGGAAAAUAAAACAUGUAUUUUAAUUUAUUUUACAUUCAGGGCUGGACAGGCAAGGGUGUCUGGCACUUAGUUAUCCAAUAGCUGGUCUGAAAGAAUUUCAAAGGCAUCCUUCUGAGUAAGGAGCCUUUUCUCCUUAGAGCAAUAUGUACCUCUAAUUCAGGGAAGAAUUAAGACAUCAAUGAAAAUCAUGUUUUCCUGAUGUCAAAAAACUAUUAAUUUGUAUAAACUCCGCUGUGGUUUUGCACCCUGGAUGACAAAGCCACUCUGUUACCCCUCACAAAAUUAAUAAAUCUUUGCUCACAAUAAAGUUUCUCCCCAGAGCAAUA